AUGUGGUUUUUAUUGAGCGUCAUGCUCCUCGGGACGCUUUUCCAGCUCGUCUUGGCUGCCCCAUUACUGCUAGCGGAGCUCGCAAGAUUCUUGCCGUGCGGGCGGUCGGCCGCCGUUCUUAGCGCAACCGGGUGGACGACUCAGAUUGUCGGCAAUUUCCGAAAAGCCGAUGGCGCCAGAUCCCUCAUGCAUGACAAGGCACUAAUAGCAAGUGCGCCUACCAUCGGCGAAGUGACCGCUCUCAGGGGCGACUCUGCCACCCAGAUCACCAAAUGCAAGUUCCCUCAUGUCUCCCCAGCUUCCCUCGACGACAAAAAAUCUCCUGCAGGGGAGUUCAUGGAUCCGCUUGGCUCAUACUAA